AUGGCUACCUCUGGAAAUGGCCCUAUGUUUCUGAAAGCUGUGAAUUGCUUUGGACAAGUGAAAGAUAAGUUUUUUAUUGCCUCUUUGAUGAAAGAAGUGAUAUUAGAGGUGGGUCAUGAAAAUGUUGUGCAAAUAAUUACUGACAAUGCAGCAAAUUGUAAGGGGGCUGGAGAGCUCAUUGAGAGUGAGUUUCCUCAUAUCUAUUGGGCACCAUGUGUCGUCCAUACGCUCAAUCUUGCUUUGAAAAACAUUUGUGCAGCAAAGAAUAUGUCUGGCAAUGAGGAAACAUAUGAAGAGUGUAGUUGGAUCACUGAUGUUCAUGGGGAUGCACUACAAAUCAAAAAUUUCAUCAUGAACCACAGCAUGAGAUUAGCAAUGUUUCGGAAAUUCUCCUCCCUAGGAAUGCUGAUAACAACUAGGAAUGAUGAUAACAAUGUGAUAGAUUUUGAUUCAUGA